CAGAGUGAGCUGACAUCACACCUGCUGCCCGGUCGCUCGAAGACUUUCCAAAACUUUCCAGCACUCUCCAGACUCUCCUGUCCAGGCCCCAGACCCAGGAUCAUGUCGGGCAUCGCGGCCGCUCUGCAGCACCGCCGGGAGAAGGACCGGGGCAUCGGGACCAACAGCCAGGCGGUGAAGUACCUGAACCAGGACUACGAGGCUCUGAGGCAGCGGUGCUUCGAGACCGGUCAGCUGUUCCAGGACGAGACGUUCCCGGCCCUGCCCUCCUCCCUGGGCUUCAACGAGCUGGGUCCGUCCUCAUACAAGGUCCGGGGGGUGUCCUGGAAGAGACCCACGGAGCUGACCUCUGACCCUCAGUUCAUCAUCUCUGGAGCCACCAGGACCGACAUCUGUCAGGGGGCUCUGGGUGACUGCUGGCUGCUCGCCGCCAUCGCCUCUCUGACCCUGAAUGAAGAAGUUCUGGCUCGAGUCGUCCCACAUGGACAGAGCUUCCAGGAUGGGGACUAUGCUGGCAUCUUCCACUUCCAGUUCUGGCAGUUCGGGGAGUGGGUGGACGUGGUGAUCGACGACCGCCUGCCGGUCAAAGACGGGGAGCUGAUGUUCGUCCACUCGGCGGAGGGGAGGGAGUUCUGGAGCGCUCUGCUGGAGAAGGCCUACGCCAAGCUGAACGGAUGUUACGAGGCUCUUUCCGGGGGAACAACCACCGAGGGCUUCGAGGAUUUCACUGGAGGAAUAGCUGAGGUCCACGAGCUGCGUCGCCCGAGUCCACAUCUGUUCCACAUCAUCCAGAAAGCUCUGGGCCGAGGAUCGUUGAUGGGCUGCUCCAUCGAUAUCACGAGCUCGGCCGACUCAGAGGCGGUCACCCAUCAGAAGCUGGUGAAAGGCCACGCCUACUCUGUGACAGGUGCAGCUGAGGUGGAGUACCGUGGUGAGAAGGAAAAGCUGAUCCGGAUCAGGAAUCCCUGGGGUCAGGUGGAGUGGACCGGAGCCUGGAGUGAUGAUUCGACGCAGUGGCGAUACAUCAGCGAUGAGGACAGAGAGCGUCUGAGCCAUCGCUCAGAGGACGGAGAGUUCUGGAUGUCUUUCUCGGACUUUCUGCGACAUUACUCCCGGCUGGAGAUCUGCAACCUGACGCCCGACGCUCUGAGCGACGACGGCCUCUCCAAGUGGGCUCUGUCCAAGUUUGAGGGCAGCUGGAGGAGAGGAUCCACCGCUGGAGGCUGCAGGAAUUAUCCUGACACGUUUUGGACAAACCCUCAGUUUGUGAUCAGGUUGGAGGAAGAGGACGACGACCCGGGCGACGGCGAGGAAGGCUGCAGCUUUGUGGUCGGUCUGAUCCAGAAGAAUCGCAGACGCAUGAGGAAGCUGGGACAGGACAUGCACACGGUCGGCUUCGCCAUCUAUGAGGUUCCUGAUGAGUUCUCCAGUCAGAGGAACGUCCACCUGAACAGGAACUUCUUCCUGCGCCACGCCUCCGCCGCUCGCUCCGAAACCUUCAUCAACUUGCGAGAAGUCUGCAGCCGCUUCUGUCUGCCGCCCGGCGAGUAUCUGAUCAUCCCGUCCACCUUCGAACCGCACAAAGACGGAGACUUCUGCGUCCGAGUCUUCUCUGAGAAACAGGCCGACUUUCAAGAGCUGGACGACCCCAUCGAGUCCAGAGUGGAGAAGAUUGAGAUCGAUGAGGACGAUGUGGACGAUCGGUUCAGAGGACUGUUUGGACAGCUGGCCGGAGCGGACUGUGAGAUCUGUGCCUUCGAGCUGCAGAAGAUCCUCAACAAAGUGGUGACUAAACGAUCCGACAUCCAGACCAACGGCUUCAGCAUCGCAACGUGUCGCAACAUGGUCAACCUGCUGGACAGAGACGGCAGCGGGAAACUGGGGCUGCUGGAGUUUAAAGUGCUGUGGACCAAAAUUGAGAAGUACCUGAAUAUCUACCGUCAGAAGGACGUGGACAACUCAGGGACCAUGAGCUCCACGGAGAUGAGGACAGCUGUGGAGGAAGCUGGUUUCAGUCUGAAUAAUCCUCUUCACCAGAUCCUGGUGGCUCGUUACAGCGAAACAGAUCUCACCGUCGACUUUGACAACUUCGUGGGCUGUUUGGUUCGUCUGGAGACCAUGUUCGACACAUUCAACACGUUGGACAAAGACAACUCAGGAACCAUCGAGCUCAACCUUCUGGAGUGGCUGAACGUGUCUCUGCUCUGAAGAACCGGGACCAGCCCGACCCGGACCCUGGAGCUGGAGCCGAACGGUUCUACAUGUGGGGACGAGAGUUUGCUGGGGUUUGUUUUGGGGUUUGUCUCUGUGUCUCUGCGUCGAGACGGUUUUUAGAUUUGAUGUUUUAGCUCUCAUGUCUCACACCAGACGCCUUCAUAAGAAACUGUAACCACGUUUCAGAGAUUUGAAACGAGCGGAUGAAUAAAUCGAACCCGUCAGAGAA